ACUUACAGAUACUGCAAAAAUACAAUCAAUCAGAAAAAAUUUUAUUUUAUCAUUGUGCCAGAAAAAAGGGUGCUGAUAUUGCAAAUUUUAAUUGCUGAUUGCUAAUGAUGGUUGUCCGCACUGCCGCCAUGUCAGCGGACUCAAGACAUGCUGCGCGGGCGAAAGAACACGGAUACAGUAAUGUGAAGGCGAUUGGUGGUGACCACGACGAGGUCACGCCAGAGGAUGAGGAUGAUCGCGAGGAAGGCGAAAUUGUCGAUGAUUACGAGGUGAUAAUAUCCUCGGAGGAUGAAGAGUUCAAGCUGCGUGCACGCAUCGAGCAGCUGGAGGAGAACAACAAGGAUGUGGAGCGCAUGGAUAUGCUGGCCGCAAAUUUGGCAAAUCAAUACAACUAUCCGGAGCUGGAGGAGCGAACUUUGCGCCUAACACGAACAUCUUCCGUCCUUUUGCUUUCGGACGUGUCUAGCCCCUCCGAGGAGGAAUACGAUACGCAGCGCCCAUACCACAGAUCAGACAACAGACGCAUCGACAAUGGCAGAAGGAAUGGUAGCCAGCAUCCAAAUGGUGACUACAAGAGGCGCAACAGGCCACAGCAUCUACGCAGUCGCCAGCAAGCACCGAGCUACAAGUACCAUCAGCAUCAAAAGCCACCGACGAGCCAUCAUCAACAUUAUCAGCAGCAGGAUGCCAUAUUGCUGGACUCAUACGAUAGCCUCACAGACGAAGAGAACUGCGAGUACGAUGUGACGUCCGAGAAUGAGGGCGAACAUGUGCUGGAUCUGGAGCGGCUGAAGCUCAGCAGGGACAAGCUGCGAGUGGCAUUGGCCAGAGAGGAGCGCAAUGAUAUGCUCGGCCAGUACAAGAAUAGCCUCAGGGAGCGACUGCGGUAUCCGCUGCGCAAGUCGCCCAAGAAAUACUCCACAAAGAACGAGCGGCUCUCGCCGUCUGCACACAAACUCUCUGAUGAUGAACUCUGCCAGGAGGAGGAGGAGGAGGAGGAGCAUGCGAUUCAGCCGGCUGAAGCAGCUGGAGAAACCGGGGAGCUAAAACUACGUCUGAUAGCCCUCAAGUCUGCCAUCCUCAAGAAGCAUUGGGCACGAAAGAAGCGGGACGCGGAGCGUGCCUACUCACCCACGGAUAUGAUAAACCGCGUCCAUCCCACAAUCAGCAACACGGACGAAAUCGAUGACCUCAUGGAGAUCAGUCCAGCUGCCUCGCCCGAGCGCGUAGCGAGUCCCUUUCGCAUGGACGAUGCUGUCGACACGAAAUCGGUGGACAUGGAUUUGGCCGAAACGGACAGCGAUGAGCAGAGGGACAGCUGGAACACGUGGUCGAAUAAUUGGAACUCUUUGGACACGGCUGGCGGCAGCUGGCGCUGCUUUAUGCCCAACAAUUCGCUUCCGCCCGUCUCCAUGCCCAUUGUGAUAGACGAGGACGACGAUCUGUAUGAAGAUGAAGAGCCACCACCACCGCCGCCAUUCCAAGUUCCGCACAUGCAUCUGGAUGAGGAUGCCCGCGAUGCCAUGCAUCUGGUGGAUGAGCAGAAUUCCAAUCACAGCUCCCUCACAUAUACUCAAUCCGUGUCCAUGGAGAACUCGGAGACGCAAACGAAGAGUGUGGAGAAAUCGCAGGCGGACGAAACGCCCAGCGACGAUGAAGCUGGCGCCUUGCGCGCCCUGCUUCUCUCCAAUCUAAAGACAGCCAAGGGGCCAGCCCCUGCAGCCACGCGACAAGCUCCUCUGCCGUCGUUAGCUCCGCUUCAACCAGCUCCUUUACCUGUACCUGACCCUGCCCCGUCAGUGUUGGCUUUGGCUGUCGCCAAAACGGAUUCGAUUGGCUCCCACGAUUCGGAUGAUCCGGAGCAACUGCGCUCCCUGCUGCUGUCCAGCAUUGCCACCAAAAAGAGCAAAAAUUGCCACACACUCAAGUCCCGUCUUAGUCCAGAGAUACUCAAGAAUGCGGUGCGACGCUUCCAGUCGUGCGCUGGUGAGGCGCAUCUGAAAGAGGAGGAAACCGAGGAGCCCCAGCAAACCCAGGGAGACCAGCAUGAUAGUCAGGAAGAUCGACAUGAUAAUCAGGAAGAACAGCCUGAAGAGGGGGAGAUAAUGGAGGAAGAAUUGACAGCUCAGCCCAUCGUUGAGGCAGCCACACAGUCCCAAGAGUCAGGCCAAACCUCCAUAGAAACCGUAGAGCAAACUCCGCCUGAGGCUGCACCUUUCUUGGGGCUCAAAGAUCCAACGUCACCCUCCACUAAAAUAAUCAAAAUUGUAAAGCCCAACAAGGUGAUCAACAAGAAGACGACCGCCAAACGUAAACUUCCCACUGAGGAGCAAUCCUCCGCAAAACUGAGCUGCCAGCGGCCGUCCACGCUGCUGGUCAAAGAGCCCAGUGCGCCGCUUAAGGUGCAAAGUAGCGUGUCGGUCACGCGACUGGUGACCAGCGUGGAUCCGGCUAGCAUCAAGGUGAGCAAACUGAUCAUCAGCCUGGCCGAUGACUCGGGGGCGAGCGAUGACAAUCUCGAGCUGAGCUCGUGCUUUGCCUACUCCAAUUACACGGAGAAUGCCAGUCCGCUCAGCCUGGCCAUGGGCAGUCCCAGUGGCUCCACAACCAGAUCGAAUACACCCAACUCGGAGAUACUAGAAUCGGCCGCUGCAUCCACUUCCAACCCAAAUCUCCGUCGCUCGGUCAUGAGUGAUUACUUUGAGAAGAAGAUCGAUGACUACCUGAAGCAGGCGCGUUCCAAGGUGCCCACAACAGGCGCAAAUGAUGCUAAAGAGGCUGACACACCAGAGAAGACGGCGGACGGUGAGAGGUUGGUGCAAAGUGCACCAAAAGCUGCACCCGCCAAGACGCAGCAGACGAAGAAAACUCCUCUGGCGGUGCGACAUUUGCCUGUGGCGUCGCAGAAAGAGUACCUUCGACUGGUCGAACGCAUGCAGCUGCUGGAGCAAAAGAAACUAAAGACAGCCAGGAAAGUGGAGACAGCCUCAGGCAAGGCAACAGCUGUGACGUUAGAGGAAGCCACAAAAGAGUCGGAGAAAGUGUUGCCAACGGCUAACAUUAAGAGCAGCAGCAAUGGCAAUGUGAAGCCAAAUCAACCGCCCAGGGAGACGCGUCUAAAGUCCUUCGAGAGUUCAUUUGCCAGAAUCGGGGGUAGCAUGAUUGCGAAUUUGGAAAAGUCCAUGCUGCUGGUCGAGGAAGCUCAGAAGUCGAAGGCGGAGCGCCUGCGAUGCUCGCAUCGGCUGAAAGAGCUCUACAGCGAGAUGCAGGCCGUGAGGCAGGUGGUCAAGCAAGAGGAACAGAAGCUGGCGCGCAUACAGCCGGAGAUACGGGCCAGCCACGAGAUUAUCAUGUCACUCAAACAGAAACGCAACAAGCUCUAUGCAGCGGCCAUGGAUCUGGGCAAAGGAUUAAGGGGCGACCAGUACAGGUUACUCGACGAAGGCAAGGCGGAAAUUACCAGCAAAUCCACGCAACUCUCCAAGCAGAUUCGCCUCUACAACUCCAUAGUUAAAUACGAUGAUCUGAAGAAGUUGACGGAGGAGGAGCUCCAGCCACAGACUGUGAUCGAGUCGUCACCACAGGUGGAAAGGGAAGAUGAGACGAGUGCGAGUGGAACUGCCACUGAGGCAGCCAGGGAAACGGAGGAGAAUGGAAUAUCGAGAGAUAUUGCGCCAUGCGCAGAGCCAAUGCCAACGACUUCCGCCGCCGUGUGCGAGUCCCAACUGAUGCCAGAUAAUAAACCACGAGACGAAACAGAGGCGGUGCAGGAGCCUGAAGCGGCAGCGAAGCCACGGCCAGGACCCUACACCGUGAGCAUUAUGAGGGAGUUGCGGGAGGAGGAGGCACCAACUGAUGCGUAUCUGCCGGACUACCGAUCUCCCCUCCCGCGGUACUACAGUAGCCCAUGUGAUGUCCAUGCCACCAUUUGUCCGUUCGAGCUGAUGGGGCGCUGUGAGGAUGCGGACUGUUCCUAUCUACAUUUGGGCCGUCUGGAGGCGACGACAACACCCAGCUGUAGCUCCAGCCCCAGCAUUGGGACCGGAUGACCAGCUUCAGCUGCCAAAAAUCAAACUCUUGCAAACUAACCUAAAAAAAAACAAACACAAAACACACAAACAUGAAACAAAAAUAACAUUCUUAAAUAGCGUGCUUGAAUUCUGGUAAGUUGAACUCUUCACGCGACUAAUAUUUAAAUGUUGCUUUCAGUCAACGUUAAAAAGAGAAAAUUACACAAAGAAAAACAAAAUCGUCACAAUUGUUGACGGGGAGCAGAGCAAAGGGCACAGCAGCUGUAGCAGCCAAAUCAGUGCAAAAAAAAAAAA